CCUCAUUUAUAUAAAGACACUGAUUAAGUUUGAAAAGAAUUGAAUGAAAACUGUGGACUUAAUUGCAUAAACAAGAACAAGUCUAAGGCACGCACGGACGGACGACGGAAACCACGCCAUGACAUGAGCUCUACUGGCCGACAAAUGGAAACAUCCUCAAUUCAGGUGGACUACUGUUUUGGCACACACAGCAAACGUCAUCACUAUCUGUGUCACUUUCAAGAUUUGACUUUGAACCUGAAUCAAUGCUCUAACAAUGCCAAGAACAAAGCAGAGUGCUCGUAAAAGUACUGGAGGCAAGGCUCCACCCAGACCAAGACAGACAUCUGCCAACCAGGAGUCUCAUGAUGAUAGAAACAAGGCUAGUGAAAAAGAUAAUAACAAUGAUGAUGUUAAAACUGAUACCCCACUGCAAGAACAGACAUCCAACUUCUUCAUGGAGACCGGUGUAUUGAAGCACAAGAGGACAUCCCUUGAGAGGGCUGAGAAGUUCAUCUCCAAGUUGUACUUCACAGACGUCAAUCUUUUGGGAAGACUGUACCCAGAGAAGACUGCCGUGGAGUCCAUACACCACUGGGCAGCCCCAACAGACAGGUACACCCCGUAUGAGGAGGCAGUAAAACAGACAUACACUGAGGCCAAGGUGGGGCAGGCAUUCGGACCCACGUGGGCCACCCACUGGUUCAAGGUCGAGGUCAAGGUCCCAAAAGCAUGGAAAGGUCGUGAAGUCAGACUGCGGUGGAACUCAAACUCAGAGGCCCUUGUGUGGGAACAAGGAAAACCAGUCCAGGGCUUGUGCUCCGACUAUGACAGACUGGACUUCUCUCUCACUGAAUGUCUGAAGGAAGGCAAACUUAGUUACACUGUGUACAUUGAGAUGGCCUGCAAUGGUAUGUUUGGUGCAGGGGACAACGGUAUGAUCACGGCUCCCAACCCAAACAAGCAGUUCACGUUGUCCUGCUGUGAGGUGGCAGUCUUUGACCGCCGGGUGUACAACCUGGUCAGAGAGGUGGAGCUUUUACAUGACAUGGCUAAGAAUUUGCCGGAGGAGAGUGGGAGAGGUUACGAGGCCCUGUACACUGUGAACAGCAUGAUCAACGCCUGUGAUGUCUUCAACACAGAGUCAUUUGAAAGGUGCCACAAGAUUGCUGAAGGGUUUCUGAAGCAGAAGAAUGGAGACAGCCAGCACACUGUGUAUGCCAUGGGACAUGCCCACAUUGAUACAGCCUGGCUGUGGCCUUACAGUGAGACCAAGAGGAAGUGUGCGAGGUCCUGGAGCUGUACCAUCAGACUGAUGGAGAAAUACCCAGAGUUCACUUUCACCUGUUCACAGGCUCAGCAAUAUGAAUGGGUGAAGGACCAGUACCCACUCCUGUAUGCUGACAUGAAGAAGUACAUUGCACAGGGCAGAUUCAUACCUGUAGGAGGAACGUGGGUGGAGAUGGAUGGUCUAAUCCCCGGGGGAGAGGCCUGUGUCAGACAGUUCCUGUAUGGACAGCGCUUUUUCCAAAAGGAGUUUGGCAUCAAAUGCAAAGAGUUCUGGUUGCCAGAUACAUUCGGCUACUCAGGUCAGCUGCCGCAGAUCAUGAGGCAUUGUGGGAUUUCCCGCUUCUUGACACAGAAGAUGAGCUGGAGUUUGGUCAACAAGUUCCCUCACCACACGUUCUGGUGGGAGGGGAUCAGCAGAGAUGCUGUGCUGGCCCACUUUCCCCCUGGUGACUCAUAUGAGAUGAAGGGAAAUGUGCAAGAGGUUCUCAGGACAGCCAACAAUUUCAAGGACAAGGGUCGGUCCAACAAGAGUGCCUUCCUUUUCGGUUUUGGUGAUGGUGGAAAUGGACCAUCUGAGGACAUGUUGGAGAGGCUGGGCCGGAUGCACAAUGUAGAUGGACUACCAAAAGUAAAGAUGAGCACACCAGAUGAGUUCUUCAGUGCCAUCGAGCAUGAUGACGCCCAGAACCUGUGCCGCUGGCGCGGUGAGUUGUAUCUGGAACUCCAUAACGGCACGUACACAACACAUGCUCGGGUGAAGAAGAUGAACCGCCAUUGUGAGUUCAAACUGCAUGAUGUGGAAUUCGUUCACUCAGUAGCGUUUGCUCUCAACAAGGAGCACUCAUAUCCACAUGAGAGCCUAGACAAGCUGUGGAAACUACUGCUGCUCAACCAGUUCCAUGAUGUUCUCCCAGGGUCUUCCAUUGGAAUGGUCUAUGAAGAUGCUCACAAGUAUUACAAUGAGAUCAUGGUCACUGGAGAAAACCUAUUCACCAACGGUUGUCAUGCAGUAACUAAGCAACCUGACAGUGAAGCAGACUCAACCAAGGGCCAUUUGAUAUGGAAUACCCAGUCAUUUGACAGAUCGGAGGUGGUUACCAUACCAACUAAAGGUCAACAGGAAGGACCUUUGAAUAAGAAGCAGAAGACCAGCAAGUCUGAGAUGUCUGAUGCCCCACAGACUGACAGAGAUGGCAAUGCCUUGUAUUAUGUCAAUAUUGACAGCUAUGGAUUCCGUGCACUGACAAAGCAGACGUUGUCUUUUAAGUCAGUAACAAUAGAAAAAAAGGCAAACUACUUCAAGCUGCAGAACAGCCAUUUGACAGCCCAUGUGGACAGGCAGGGGCGAGUUGUAGAGAUGUAUAUGGCAGGAUCAGACAGGAACGCUAUAGACCCAACCUAUCCUGCCAACCAGUUUGUUCUCUAUGAUGAUGUGCCACUAUACUGGGACGCAUGGGAUGUCAUGGACUAUCACAUGGAAACUGGGAAACCAGUACAGACUGUGAUAUCAGAAGCUGAGAUCAUUGAGAAAGGACCACUGAGAGCUUCAUUGAAGGUGAGCUUACAGAUCAGCGCUCACAGCUCUAUCACCCAGUACAUCAGUCUGGAUACUGAGACCCCAUAUCUGCGUUUCCAAACAGAGGUGAGCUGGCAUGAGAACCGCAAGAUGUUGAAGGUGGAAUUCCCAACAAGCGUUCACACCCGUGAGGCCACAUAUGAUAUCCAGUUUGGGCACAUCAAGCGGGGUAACCAUAGAAACACCUCCUGGGACACCGCCAGGUUCGAGGUUUGUGGACAUAAGUGGUCUGACCUCUCAGAGCAUGGGUUUGGAGUGUCAGUCCUCAAUGACAGCAAGUAUGGACACUCAGCCUUGGACAAUGUGCUCAGGAUGUCGCUACUGCGAUCCCCAAAGGCUCCUGACAAUAUGGCGGAUAUGGAGACACACACAUUCACAUACGCCUUGAUGGCACAUCAUGGAUCAUUCCAGAAAUCAGAUGUUAACAAACACGCCUACUGCUUGAACAACCCUCUCAUUGUACAGCAGCAACAUGAGGACAAAACUCCUGCGACAUUAUCUGUGUUCAAGAUGUCUUCAAACCAGGUCAUCUUGGAGACAGUGAAAAAGAGUGAAGAUGACAAGGCCUUGAUCUUGCGUUUCUACGAGUCGUUUGGAGGAACGUGUACUGUUACUAUGACAACCAUGUUGAAGUUCAAACUAGUGCAAUUAGUGAAUGGUCUAGAGGAAGAUAUGGACAUGUGGCCUGGUCUCAAUCUGACACAUUCAGAUGGCAGCAUCCACUUCACACUGAGGGCGUUCCAGAUAAUUUCGCUCAAACUUCUUCUCUAGAUUGGACACAUAUAAUCACAUAGCUCAGUUAUAUCCAGAGUAGCCUCAUUGUAUGGAUAUUCAUGGAGACAAAUUAUAUUUGUUGUUAUUUGUUUUGUUUUUAUUGUGUUAAUCGGUAGCUGUUAAAAUUUGAUUCACUUUAUGAUUAUAUGUAGUAAUAUAAUCAGUAUUUAUCUUAUUUUUUCUCUGAUUCUUGAACUUGCUUUGUUCAUGUGCAUAUUAAUCCUGGCAGAAAAUGAUGUAGAAUUGGUAGGUGUAAUUCUUAUCUUGCCUAAGUGCGUGUGUGUGUGUUCCCGACCAUAUCAAUUUUCUGUGCAUAUCUCCUCCAACAUUUAACAAUCGAUUUCUACGUAUUUUAUUGCCGUUUUGCUUCUCUUUUUUUCUAAAUAAACAAAUUGCAAAUGUUUACUUAUUUGGAUAACACUCUACCUGUUGCAGGAUACACUAUCUGGGACAGCUUCUUGUAUAUAUUUACUUUUAUCCCACAAUAGCGAGCUGAGCAGAGCUCCAGAUAAGGAUUUGUGAAAUUAGUAACGGUACUGCCACUGACAGAAAGAAAAGGAAAGACGCUGCAAAUCAAUUAGUACAUGUACUACCAUAUCCAAAAAUACAGGUAGUACUGUACUACCCGUGUUCUUGGAUAUUGAAGUUUGUAUAACUGACUUUACUAAAACAUUUGCAGCAAUUAUAAUAAAUAUAGUUAGCGUCUUAAACAGUUACUUUAUAAGGUUUUCCAUUCUGAAUUUCUGUUUAGCCGGCCUUCCAUUGAGCGCAGACUUUGUUUUUGAUGGGUUUACGAGUUACCGGAAAUCACGCGACAGAAUAGACAAUAAUACUGGAACCCAUUCUAUAACUUUUCGGUAAUUAGAGACCCACAAAUCACUCCGCGCGGACGUAUCAGUACGGCCAGAUUUUUUUUGUAAAUGCGUAAAAGGGAUAUAAAAGUCGUAAUUGUACGUCCAGCUCAUAAAAAUAAAUGCGUAAACCUUCAUGAAAAAGCCGUAUUUACGGCUGUGCAGCCCUUAUCUGGAGCUCUGGAGUUGAGAGUGGAAAAAAGUUUGCAUACGACAUUUAAUACUGGUACAGAGCAUAUGUAUACUAUGCAAAUGUUUACUUAUUUGGAUUAUACUAUACCUGUUGCAGGAUACACUAUCUGGGACAUCUUGUUGUAUAUAUUUAUUUUUAUGUUGUAAAAAUUAGCCAUGUGGUGUAUGUUUUUAUGGUGUAAAGUUUUAUUAAUUCAUAUGAUUGAUAAUGUUUUCCCUUUUCUUUGUUGUUUUUCUUAAAGAUAUAACGCGUUUAUGUAUAUUGUAAACAUUAUCUUUGUGGUGUAUGUUUUUAUGCUGAUAAGUGUUAUAAAUUCAUGUAAACUUUUGUAAAGUUGUUUAAAAAAGACCACUUUAAUUGUUGUUUUUGUUAAAGAAAGAUUGAUACAAUUAUACAAUUGAUGAGAUCAUUGCAAUUUUGUAUUUUAGUUUUAUCUUCGAAAUCAAAAUACCAAAUCCUUGAAUCGUUUAUGUACGACUAGCGGCUGACAUAAUAUUGUUAUUUUUGCCAUGAAGGUUGAAGAAUAUUACGCACAAUAAUGAAAUAUAAACAUGUAAGUGUGUACACUGUAUUUCAAACAUUGAAGAAGCAAAAAACUAAGUUGCGCAUAAAGUAAACCGUAACGAAUAAACAAACUGCACAAAUAAAAUAAACACGGACA